CAGGCAUACCGCACGUAGCAAUGGCCGCCUCAGCAACUGCACCACAGGCUAUUGCAAGCGACCUGCUGGAUACAGAGUCGGCGGGCUUUGCCUCGCUGGACCUGGAGCCUCGCCUCUUGCGCGCAAUAGCAAAACUUGGUUACAGCCAUCCAACCCUGGUACAGUCGAAUGCUAUCCCGCUGGCGCUACAAGGCAAGGACAUUCUCGCUCGUGCUCGGACAGGGUCAGGGAAAACAGGUGCCUAUUGCAUACCUGUGGUCCAAAAAAUUCUACUCGCCAAAGAAGGCGGCAGGACGGGAGCCGCGACACGAGCAUUAUUGUUGGUACCGACUCGGGAAUUGGCGGAACAGGUACAUAGAACGGUCAAGGACUUGACGGCCUAUUGUGCAAAGGAAGUCGUUUCUGUCAGCUUGGCGACGAGUGACCAGUCUGCUGCGAAUCAUAGGGCCAUUCUGGCUGAAAAGCCCGACAUUGUGAUAGCGACUCCCAGCAAGAUUCUCGCACAACUGGAGGCCGGAAAUCUUGUGCUCAGGGAAACCUUGGAGUCUCUGGUCAUCGACGAAGCAGAUUUGAUCUUGUCUUACGGCUACGAUGAAGAUGUGCGGAAAGUUUUGGAACACUUGCCGAAUAUUUAUCAAAGCUAUUUGAUGAGUGCAACCAUGUCUGAUGACGUGGACGCAUUGAAACAACUCAUCCUCCGCAAUCCCGCAAUCCUUAAACUCUCUGAAGCGCCAAAUGCGAACGAGUCGCAGCUUACGCAAUACUCCGUGGCAUGCACCGACUCCGACAAAUUCCUGCUGACCUACUUCAUCCUGAAACUGCGGAUUCAUCCAUUUGGCACGGGAAAGUGCAUCAUCUUUGUCAACGAUAUCGACCGUUGCUACAAGCUGAAGCUGUUCUUGGAGCAAUUCGGAAUCAAAUGCUGCACUCUGAACUCGUCGCUGCCUUUGAAAAGCCGGUACCAUAUUGUUCAGGAAUUCAACCGUGGGGUGUACGACUAUGUCAUUGCGACGGACGAAGGCGGUAUCCUGGAUGACGAGAAGGAUGUUGAUGAGGAAGUUGAGGAUGAAGACGAAUCGACCGAUAAAGCAGCGGAAGAGGAAACCGCCGUGAAUGACGCGGAGGCUGAUGGUAACGAAAAGGCAGCAGAGGCCGUUAAUGCCAAAAAACGGCCCGCCCCAUCCUCCUCAUCAACAAAGUCCUCAAAAAAGCACAAAACCAACCCGACAGACCUCGAAUACGGCGUCUCCCGCGGUAUCGACUUCCAGAACGUUCAAUCCGUCAUGAACUUUGAUCUCCCAACCACAUCCCGGUCCUACAUGCACCGCGUCGGUCGUACCGCCCGUGGAGUGGGUUCAAAAGGAUGGGCCUUGUCGUUCGUCACACCGGAGGAUGAUACUACCAUCGAGCCCCUGCGCAAGAAGAAGCGGAAACAGCAGGAGAUUGUGCAGAAGAAACCGCCAAACGAUCAGAAAGUGUUUGAGAGGAUACAGAAGAAGCAGACGGCGAUGGGAAGGGAGGUCAAGCCGUAUACGUUCGAUAUGAAGCAGGUGGAAGGUUUUAGGUAUCGCGCGGAGGAUGCGCUGAGGGCGGUGACGAGGACGGCGGUGAAGGAAGCUAGGAUGAAGGAGUUGAAGAUUGAGAUUUUGAACAGUGAGAAGUUGAAGGCCCACUUCGAAGACAAUCCAACAGAUCUCCACGCCCUGCGGCACGAUAAACCCCUCCACCCCGCCCGCGUCCAACAACACAUGAAGCACGUCCCCGACUACUUACACCCCAAAAAGGGCGGAGCAAACACGACACCCAGUGGGAAUGUGCCCUUCAGAAUGGCGAACAACAGGAGAGGUGGGCGUGGAGGACGGGGAGGACGAGGAGGACGGGGAGGGAGAGGCGGUCGGGGCGGGGCUGGCUCUGCUAGGAAAUCGGAUCCGUUGAAGAGUUUUACGUACACUGGACCCGCUGUGUAGUUCGGGUUGUUUGGGGAGAGGAGCGGGCUGUGGAGGCGUAGGCAUAGGCGUAGGUAGUUUUGCGCAGGCAGAAUAUUUAGACGUCCUUGGGUACAUCACAUCUUUAUCAUUAUUCACCAUCGAGUCUUUUUGCAC